AUGGGAGACCUGCUGUGUGUAAGUGCUGUCAGACCAGGAUGCAGCAGCUGCUGUUCAGAGAGAAGGGGCUCCCACCAAAUUCAAGGCCUUCAGCACAUGGAAGCAGUGACCACAGCAGAGCAGAGACAAGGCAUCCCGUUUGGAGCUGCCACAUCCUAUGUACAUCUAGAGAAGCUGUGUGAAGGAUCCUGUGCAACUGUGUACAAGGGGAUCAGCAGGAUCAACAGCCAGUUGGUGGCACUGAAAGUGAUCAAGCUGGAGGCAGAGGAGGGAGUGCCCUUUACAGCCAUUCGGGAAGCUUCUCUUCUCAAGUGUUUGAAACAUGCCAACAUUGUACUGCUUCAUGACAUUAUCCAGACCAAGGAGACACUAACAUUUGUCUUUGAAUACAUGCACACAGAUCUAGCACAGUACAUGGGCCAGCAUCCUGGAGGACUCCAUUUGUGCAAUGUUAUGCUCUUCAUGUUCCAGCUUCUGCGCGGCCUGGCUUACAUCCACCAACAACACAUUCUUCACCGUGAUCUGAAACCCCAGAACUUGCUCAUCAGUUGCCUUGGCGAGCUCAAAUUAGCUGACUUUGGCCUUGCUUGUGCCCAGUCCAUCCCCAGACAGACAUACUCCUCUGAAGUUGUGACACUCUGGUACCGGCCUCCUGAUGUGCUGCUUGGAGCUACAGCUUAUUCUUCUGAUAUAGAUAUCUGGAGUGCGGGCUGUAUAUUUGUGGAAAUGAUCCAGGGUCAGCCAAUAUUUGCAGCAACUUCUGGUACUCAUGAACAGCUGGAGAAGAUCUGGGCGGUAUUGGGGGUCCCAACUGAAGACACCUGGCCAGGACUUUCCAAGCUCCCCAACUAUAACCCAGAACUGAUUGCUUCCAGGAGACCUCAGAGACUCCGAGUCAUCUGUGACAGGAUGAGCAGGAUGCCAGCAGCAGAGAAUUUGGCCUCCAGGAUGCUCACAGCCUUCCCUCGAGGCCGAAUCUCUGCACAAGAUGCGCUUCUUCAUGGCUUCUUCAGCCCUCUGCCUCUUCAGCUCUACCAGGUUCCUGCUGGACAAUCAGUGUUCACAGUUCCAGGGGUGAGACUGCAACCUGAAAUCUGUGACCUGUUUGCUUCUUACCGAAAAGGCCAUGUCUCGGGAGGUUCGAGCAUGUUUUGGUAGAAAUCAUGGAUGAUUG